UAAACAUUUGUUCUCGUUGGUGUUUUUUCAGGAGUGAGCAUCCAAUGAGUUUUCACAAUGUGCUUUUACAUGAUCACAUGACAUCAAGCCUGUACCUGAAAUCAGACCACUUCUGUAAUAUUACCAUCACGUGACAGACUGGUCACAUGACAAACCUCGGAGGAAUUUGUUUUCUCGGAACUGCGUCCUCUGAUUGGCCGUGAAUUACAAUCGAGGAAGCCGAUCUCUCUCUCUGAUUGGCCAGCAGACGCGACGCUUCCUGGUUAUGUGCAAAUGAAGAAAUAAAGUUGUUUUUAAACCUGCGUUCCGGUGGGAAAGUCUAGCUUCACUUGACCGGGGGAUUCGAAAUGUCACCCAGAAGCAGCUGUGUCCCGGUCCUGGUCGUCGUGUUCUGUCUUUUUGUGACUGCCUUUUGUACAUUUCCCACUUUGGACCACAUCAAGCCGAAAGCCAGCGACAAGGCGCAGGGCAGAGCGGUGGUCGAGCUGCUGAAGCGCCUGCUCGGGGCCAGGUCCAGGGAGUUCAUCGUGUCGGUCAACAGGAGCCUUUCCAACGACAGCCUGGACGUGUGCGAGCUCAGGUCCACGAAAAACAACAAGAUAGUCGCGACGGGCAGCACCGGAGUGGCCGUGGCUUCCGGCAUCUACAACUAUAUGAAAUACUUCUGCAACUGCCAUGUUUCCUGGUCCGGUGACCAGCUGGACAUGCCUCGUCCUCUGCCAAGGCUCACGGGCGUCCUGCGCAUCAACACGCAGCACAGAUUCAGGUAUUAUCAGAACGUCUGCACUUUUAGCUAUUCCUCCGUGUGGUGGGACUGGCCAAGAUGGGAGAGAGAGAUCGACUGGAUGGCACUCAAUGGGAUCAAUCUGGCUCUGGCUUUCACCGGCCAGGAAGCCGUGUGGCAAGAGGUUUACCGGGCUCUCGGGUUGAACCAGUCGGAGAUUGAGGAGUUCUUCUCGGGCGCGGCGUUCCUCGCCUGGAAUCGCAUGGGCAACCUUUUCCAGUUCGGUGGGCCUCUGCCACAGUCCUGGCACGUGAACCAGCUCUACCUCCAAUUUAAAAUCUUGGCGCAAAUGAGAUCCUUCGGCAUGAUUCCUGUGCUGCCGGCCUUCUCUGGGAACGUUCCCAAGGGGAUCCUCAGGCUGCAUCCAGAAGCCAAUGUAACCAGAUUGGGGCCCUGGGCUCACUUCAACUGCAGCUACUCGUGCGCCUGCAUCUUAGACCCUCGCGACCCACUUUUCCUCCGGAUCGGUUCCCUCUAUCUGUCCCAGGUGGUGAAGCAGUUUGGUACAGAUCACAUCUACAACACUGACACCUUCAAUGAGAUGAGUCCACCGUCCUCUGACCCCGCCUACCUGUCUGCAGUCAGUCACUCUGUCUUUGCCUCAAUGACUGCAGUCGAUCCUCAGGCAAUUUGGCUGAUGCAAGGCUGGCUGUUCUUCAAUGACGCAGCGUUCUGGAAGCCGGCUCAGAUUCAGGCCCUGCUACACGGAGUGCCCCUCGGAAGAAUGAUCGUGCUGGACCUGUUUGCAGAGACAGAGCCAAUUUUCUCCUACACCGAGUCUUUCUACGGACAGCCCUUCAUCUGGUGCAUGCUGAACAACUUUGGGGGCAACAGUGGAUUCUUUGGUACAGUGGAGAGCAUCAAUUCAGGGCCCUUCAAAGCCUUACAUUUCCCAAACUCAAGCCUGGUGGGCAUUGGCAUGACGCCGGAGGGCAUCGAGCAGAAUCCUGUGAUGUACGAGUUGAUGAGCGAGCUGGCGUGGCGCAAGGAGCCCGUCAACUUGUCCAAGUGGGCGUCGCUGUAUGCGAUCCGCCGCUACGGCAGCACGCAGGAGAACCUGAUCGCCGCAUGGAGGCUCCUGUUCGCCAGCGUGUACAACUGCACGGUGCCACAUUACCGAAACCACAACCAUAGCCCACUGGUGCGCCGGCCCUCUUUUCGCAUGAAUACGGAUGUCUGGUAUGACCCAGCUGCUCUGUACAAAGCCUGGAAGCUGAUUAUCGAGGCCGCGCCAUCCCUCAUGUCCAAGGAGACUUUCCGGUACGACCUCGUGGAUGUGACGCGGCAGGUCCUACAAGUCCUGACGACUUCCUUUUACCGGGAUAUCGCAGACGCCUUCCAGAACCAUAAGCUGCCAGAGCUGCUGACUGCAGGCGGUGUGCUGAUCCAUGAUCUCUUGCCUGAACUCAAUCGUUUGCUGAGCAGCGACCGCAACUUCCUGCUGGGGACGUGGCUCGAGCGGGCCCGAUCCCUCGCCCUCGAUGAGAAGGAGGCACAGCUCUACGACUUGAACGCCAGAAACCAGCUGACCCUGUGGGGUCCCAGUGGUGAGAUUCUGGACUACGCCAGCAAAGAGUGGGGAGGUCUGAUGGAGGACUACUACGCCCAACGAUGGGGCCUGUUCGUUCACACCCUGGUUGAGUGUCUGGACAGCGGACGACCAUUCAAGCAGGACGCCUUCAACCAGGCGGUCUUCCAGGUGGAAAAGGGAUUCAUUCAUAACGGCCGCAAGUACCCGACCAAGCCUCAGGGAGACACGUAUGAGAUCGCACGCAGGAUCUUCCUCAAGUACUACCCACAGGCCUUGAAGACACUAUAGUGAACGGACACUACAUUCUGGGGAGAAAAAAACUAAACAUGUCUUAAGUCGCAGCAAGAAGAAUGUCCUCCUCCCCCAGACUGUCCCAAAACACUUAGAUGUAGAAAACACCUGAAUUUUAAAGGAACAAUCUGUUUUGCACAUGCAGUAAUCAGUCAUGGCUAGUUGUGCAUGUUGCAGGUUUACAUUUACACUGAUUACAUUUCAUGUAUGAGUCUCUUGGUACUGUUUUUGAUUCCACUGCUCUGAAAACAAAAUGGAAAUGCGCAUAUUCACUUUCCCAGAGCACGACGAAGAGAUGGAGUUGGUGAGCCCGGUUAUUUACACAGAGUAUCUCUAUUGUUGAACCUGGACACCACACACAUUGUCAAUGACAUGCUGUGCUUUCAGGGAGAGAGAAUAGUGCUGGAACUAUUUCUUCCAAAUAACAGUUUAUCCAUCCUUCCGGUACUGCUGCGAUGCGUCUCUAUAGCUUGGGUUGCCAGAUACAGUAAACCCAUGUAUUGGUCUCUGUACAGAAAAACAAACAAGACUUCAGGAAGCUGCUCACAGACGCCGUGUUGUUCACAGAGAAUAGAUUCAGCAUUAAACGCAUCUGAAACAUGCAAAAGCAUAUCCCUUUAAGUCUGAGGUACUGCACACAGACCUUUAAGUGUCCAUCCCCCAGGUGACCUUUAACUUUUUAAUAAGGAGACAUUUUCAUGUCUAUCAGUUUGACGUUUAUUUGAAUAUUGUGCCUUGUUCUGAACAAGCUGACGGUUCGUAGUAUAGUUCCCAAACAAUUUGGGUGCCUUUGACCUAAUUUACAGUGUCGUGCUCCUGUGGUUGGUGAGAUUGGCCCAUUACACGAGGAGCUUCUGUGGAGGGAUUUGUUUAAUGAGUAAUUACUACACAGGGUGGCUCAUGGUUUCUCUUUUUAAAAGAUAUAUUUUUUAUAUGAAAAUGCAUUGAUGUCAAACUGCCACUGCACAGCAAUCACUUUCUAUUUUUACACAUUCAUUUCGUUUUUCUUUCUGAUUCCUGUAGUUUUAAUUAAGGACAAUCUAAUUAUUUUUGUAAGAAUAAUUACUUUAGUAUUUUAACAACGUGAGCACAGCUUACAUUCAUAAUGUACUAACACACAAUUUAAAAUAUUAGUAUUCUUCAUUGUAUAUGUGCUAUUUUUGUAUUUUGAUGAAUUAAACUGUUGUGAUUCUUU